CAAACAAAAGGGAACUAGAAAGAAAAAAAUCCUUCAAAUUCUUCCACUUAAAAGUAGCUAGUCUUCAUACGGUUUCUUUACCACUCAAUAUAAGUUGACUCUACCACUCAUAUAAUCUUUAAAUUUCCUCCUCAAUUCUUCUUUCUUCACAACCAAAAAAAAAAAGAGAUCUUUCUUCCAUUUUUUUAUAAAAAAAAAAUUAUUGAAGAGAUGACAUGCCAGAACUUAGUAUUAACUCGAAAAACGAACAUUUUGUUCGUAAGAAGCUUUACAAUUUUGGUACUAAUAUGGAUAGUUAUGAAGCCAGAAGUUUGUUUCUCUAGUGUCCUGUCUUCAUUGAAGGCUCUUCAUCUACAAGGCUAUAUAACUUUUGAAAACAAUGAAUUUGCAUCCCGAGAUUUCGGGAAUCAAAUUCAUUCACAUCCUUUGGCAGUAGUACAUCCGAAAUCUGUUACUGACAUUUCAGAGAUAGUAACACAUGUCUGGCAAAUGGGCCCGGCCUCAGAACUGACCGUGGCAGCAAGAGGCCACGGUCAUUCUCUUCAAGGCCAGGCCCAAGCGCGUGGAGGAGUUAUAAUCAAUAUGGAAUCAUUACGGCAGGAUCAAGAAAUGCAAGUUUACUACAGAGGAGUACAAUUCCCUUAUGUUGAUGUCUCAGCUGGUGAAUUGUGGAUAAACAUAUUGCAUGAGACAUUGAAAUAUGGAUUAGCACCAAAAUCUUGGACUGAUUAUCUACAUCUUACUGUUGGAGGUACUCUGUCUAAUGCUGGAAUCAGUGGACAGGCAUUUCGUCACGGCCCUCAAAUCAGUAAUGUCCGCCAGCUGGAAGUUGUAACAGGUAAAGGAGAAGUCCUAAUUUGUUCACAAGAACAGAAUGCUGACCUCUUUCAUGCUGUUCUUGGAGGACUUGGUCAGUUUGGCAUAAUAACUAGAGCAAGAAUCUCACUCGAAAGAGCCCCGAAAAUGGUGAAAUGGAUAAGAGUGUUGUACUCUGAUUUCUCCACAUUUGCUAGAGAUCAAGAGCGUUUGAUAUCUGCAUCGAAAACAUUUGAUUACAUAGAAGGCCUUGUGAUUAAGAACAAAACAGGUCUACUGAAUAACUGGAGAACAUCUUUUGACCCUCAAGAUCCUGUUCAAGCAAGCCACUUUGUAUCAGAUGGAAGAACACUCUAUUGCCUUGAACUAACCAAAAAUUUAUACCCCGAAAAAUUCGAUACAGUAAAUCAGGAAAUUGAGGACUUAUUAUCCCAACUAAGUUAUAUUCCAUCAACACUUUUCAUGUCAGAAGUUCCAUACAUAGAUUUUUUGGACAGAGUUCAUGCAUCAGAGCUAAUACUUCGAUCGAAAGGACUUUGGGAUCUUCCACAUCCAUGGCUAAACCUUCUAGUCCCUAAAAGCAAAAUACAACACUUUGCUAAUGAAGUUUUUGGCAACAUACUAAGUGAUACCAACAAUGGACCUGUUCUUGUCUAUCCAAUUCAUAAAUCAAAGGUGGAUAACAGGACUUCAUUUGUUUGUCCAGAUGAAGAUAUUAUCUAUCUUGUGGCCUUUUUAUCCCAUGCAAAUCCUUCAUCUAAUGGAACUGACAGUUUACAACAUGUUUUAACUCAGAACAAAAGAAUUUUAGACUUCUGUGAGGUGUCACACCUUGGAGUCAAGCAAUAUUUACCUCAUUACACAACACAGGAACAAUGGAGGACACACUUUGGUCCAAAAUGGCUGAUGUCAAGUGGAAGAUAAUAACAUCGCGGACAAGGGGAAGAUUGAACUUCAAAGGCUGAAAGUAAUUGCUUCAGACCAUGCUCAUCAUAUGGACAACACAAGUUCAGUAGGUUGAGUCAUAUCCGAAAACAAUAACAAAGGAAGAUGGAUAAAACUCUGUUAUCCUUUCUACAACAAAGAGGACCAAUAUCGAUAAACAUUUCUUUUUCUUUUUCUAAAUAAUCUGAGAAUAAUUUACGCGAUCAACGUAGAUGAUGAUACUUUAUAGUAUUACACAGUUGAAAUCUUAGAUCAAUCAAACAUAACAAGAAUGGAAGAGAUGAAAUAGCAUGCACUAGAACUUGAAACAUAAAUAGAUGAAGCAUCUAUAAUCAUUUUGAAAGCUUGAUUAGUGUAUAACCACAGGAAAGCAAGAGAAGAAAAUCACAAAUCUAUGAUGUUAUUGUCCCAAAAGAGCCAUAAACUUAAACUUAGGCAUUU